UUGCGUUGCGUUUGUAGCUAAAAAUUCAUCAACAUCGGAGAGAAAUUCCACCUUCGCCGGAGGUAUCGUACGUAAGCAACCUUAACCUUCUCCACUGUAAAACCCUCAAAUCAGGGUCACGAUUUCGUCUUUUCUCUCCAGGGAUAGAUUGAUCAUGGCAACUGCAACUAUGGCAACAGCAGCUGGAGCAGCUGCUCUUCUCUAUUACACGUUGAAUCGGAAAUUAAUAGCGGGUCCAUCUGAUGUUGACGAUGAUAAUUCUGACACUUCUGCUUCUCGGGCUUCUUUGAGGAUUGACCGUGUUUCGCAUAGACUAAUUCAAGCUCCGGCAACUUGGUUGGAGACUAUUUCUACUCUUUCUGAGACUCUUCGUUUUACUUACUCCGAGACUCUAGGGAAGUGGCCUAUUGGAGAUCUUGCUUUUGGGAUCAAUUUUCUCAUCAAGAGGCAGGGACUUCUACAUGUUGAUCGUGUCUUUGGUGGUAAAGAUAGUAUAGAGCUUAAAGGAUCUGAAGUAGCCACUGAACUCAGAUAUCUUUUGCACUUGUUGACAUUGUGUUGGCAUUUUUCCAAGAAGCCGUUUCCAUUAUUCUUAGAAGAGACCGGCUUUACAAAGGAAAAUGUCCUUAUUCACGAACCCAAAGCUGGGAUAUUGAAGCCAGCUUUUACGGUUCUUGUCGAUCACAAAACAAAAUGUUUUCUAUUGUUGAUCCGUGGAACACAUAGCAUCAAGGACACCUUGACAGCUGCAACCGGAGCAAUCGUACCGUUCCAUCACACUGUUGUAAAUGAGAGAGGGGUCAGCAAUUUGGUCUUAGGAUAUGCACAUUGUGGUAUGGUUGCUGCUGCCCGGUGUAUAGCAAAACUUGCCACCCCUUGUCUUCUCAAGGGUCUUGAGCAAUAUCCAGAUUACAAAAUCAAGAUCGUAGGGCACUCUUUGGGCGGUGGAACAGCUGCACUUUUGACAUAUAUUUUGCGGGAGCAGAAAAUGCUCUCUACAGCUACCUGUGUUACAUUUGCUCCAGCUGCUUGUAUGACUUGGGAAUUAGCUGACUCUGGGAAUGACUUCAUCGUAUCUGUCAUAAACGGAGCUGAUCUGGUGCCUACAUUUUCUGCUGCAGCAGUAGAUGACUUACGCGCUGAGGUAACAGCAUCUGCUUGGCUAAAUGAUCUGAGAAAUCAAAUCGAACGCACUCGAAUCCUCAGCACUGUUUAUCGCUCAGCUACGGCUUUAGGAUCACGACUCCCAUCUAUGGCCACUGCCAAAGCAAAAGUUGCUGGCGCUGGUGCAAUGUUACGCCCAGUUUCUAAUGGCACACAGGUUGUGAUGAGAAGAGCUCAAAGCAUGCUGACUCGUCCUGCACUAAGCAUAUCUUCUUGGUCAUGUAUGGGACCAAGGCGCAGAGCCUCUGCUACUCAGUCAAACUCGGAACAUCAAUUAGAUUCUUCUGAAGCAAUGUCCCAAGAUAUACCCGAAACUUCAGGUCCUCUUCUUGUUACGGAUGAAGAAAUCACCGGGAAAUGGAAAUCAGAAGAUGAAACAUCACCUCGUCUCGGAACCACUGAUCUUGACGAGUGUGACGAUCCAGCGGAAAUGGACACACGGGAAGAGCGAAUGACUGAAGCUGAGCUAUGGCAGCAACUGGAGCAUGACCUUUACCACGAUUCUUCAGAGCAACCUGAAGAAACCGACGUGGCAAAAGAAAUAAAAGAAGAAGAAGAAGCCGUCAUUGCAGAGGCCGGUGUGGCCCCGCCGGAGAGCCAGACGGCUGAGAUGAAAGAAUCCCGCAGAUUCCUCCCGGCGGGCAAAAUUAUGCAUAUUGUCACGGUUCGACCGGAGGCCGUAGAGGCUAAUGAAGAAGAAGAGGAAGACGGUUCUACCCUUGAGAGGCCUGAGACAGUGGAGACGGUGGAGGAGGGUAGAGUAGGAAUAUUUCUGACGCCGAGCUCGAAAAACCCCAAAUUUCGAGGGGUUUUCAAUGGGAUUUGUGCUCUGGUUCUGUUUUGCUUCUUCUUUGAUCGGAGCGAUAUACUCAAGAACCCUUUGUUAAGGAACUCGUCUCUUGUCAAUGGUCGUAGUGGCUCAGUCUCCGGAGGUAAAUUCAAUAAAGGUUUCACCCACUUUACUGUAAUUCGUAGAAAUGUGAGGCAAAUUGAAACGAAUGGUUCUGGUAAUAACAGCUUGAGUAGCAGUAGUACUGUUUUAUGCUCAGGGUUACACAAACACAUGGGUUAUGCUGAUCAAUGCGACUUCUUAAAAGCAAACCCAAUUUGUUCCCCUGAUGGAUUCUUUGAUUACCUCAGCUUCUUUUACUGCUCCUGCAGAGAUUUCAGUAUCUUGGGUUACAUGAUGUUAGGUGUUUGGCUUGUUGCAUUGUUUUAUCUGUUGGGUAAUACUGCUGCUGAUUACUUUUGUUGUUCAUUGGAGAAGCUUUCAAAGCUUUUGAGGCUGCCUCCAACUGUUGCUGGUGUUACUUUACUUCCUCUUGGGAAUGGAGCACCAGAUGUGUUUGCUAGUAUAGCUGCUUUUGUUGGAACAGAUAAAGGAGAAGUUGGUCUUAACAGCGUCUUGGGUGGUGCUGUGUUUGUUACUUCUGUUGUUGUUGGCAUUGUUUCCCUUUGUGUUGCGGAUAAGGAAGUCAAGAUCGAUAAGAAAUGCUUCAUCAGAGACUUGAGUUUCUUCCUUUUCACGCUUGUGUCUUUGUUGGUGAUUUUGAUGGUUGGUAAAGUGACAGUACGGAUUGCCAUCGCGUUUGUCUCCAUAUAUGUGGUUUAUGCUUUCCUUGUGGCAGCGAAUGUCAUUCUGAGAAAACAUGCUAAGAGGUUUAAACUAGAGGCUCUUACUCCUUUGUUACCUAUGCAAGGAAGUGUGUUUUCCCCGAGUGUUGGAGAGGAUGUGCCAAUGAAUACUCCCUUGAUAGAAACUGAGACUGAGGAUGGUCCACCUCGGCUACAGAGUCUUCCUCAGUGGAUGUGGGCGUCAAAUGUGGCCAUCUAUUCAAACCAUUUCGCAAAAGUUAGUGUACAUGAUGAAGACAGGCCACCUUGGGGAUGGAUUGAUGACAGUGCAGAAGUUGAGAGCUCCUCAUGUACUAAAUUCACUUCCUUGUUGGAAAUUCCGCUGACGAUUCCAAGGAGGUUAACAAUUCCAUCGGUCGAGGAAGAUACAUGGUCAAAGACAUAUGCUGUGGCCAGCGUUACAUUAGCGCCUGUCCUUUUGGCGUCUCUCUGGAGUAGCCAAGACGAUGUGAGUCUCCAAGCUUGUGGUGUCGCAUACUUUAUCGGAGUUGUUAUAGGCUCUACUCUUGGCUUUCUUGCUUACAAAAACACAGAACCUGAUCACCCACCUCGAAGAUUCUUGAUCCCUUGGGUUCUUGGUGGGUUUAUCAUGAGCAUCGUAUGGUUCUACAUGAUUGCAAAUGAACUCGUUGCUCUUCUGGUGACUUUUGGUGAGAUCUACGGAAUCAACCCGUCGAUACUUGCGCUAACAGUACUUGCUUGGGGAAACUCAAUGGGUGACUUAGUGUCGAAUAUCGCAUUGACGAUGAACGGUGGUGAUGGUGUACAAAUCGCCCUAUCUGGAUGCUAUGCAGGUCCAAUGUUCAACACACUCGUGGGACUCGGUAUGUCGAUGCUUUUUGGAGCAUGGUCCAAGAGUCCUGACACAUACAUGCUACCAGAAGACAAAAGCCUAUUCUACACACUUGGGUUUCUAGUACUCGGUUUGGUUUGGGCUAUGGUGAUACUCCCUCGCAACGACAUGCGACCUAACAGAACCUUAGAAUCCUACAUCGUCCAUGUGCAGAGUUCUCAUAAGCCUUCUCUCUUCUCCUCCCACAACCACUGGCACGUCUCUCUCCUCCGCUCUCUCCCUUCUUCUCCCCAACCAGCAACGCUCCUCUACUCUUACUCACGCGCCGUUCAUGGCUUCUCCGCUCGCCUCUCCCCUAUCCAAACCGCCGCACUCCGCCGUCAUCCUUCCGUCAUUUCCGUUAUACCAGAUCAAGCGCGUGAGAUCCACACCACUCACACACCUGACUUCCUCGGUUUCUCCCAAAACUCUGGUCUCUGGGGCAACUCAGAUUACGGCGAAGACGUGAUCGUCGGCGUUCUAGAUACUGGAAUCUGGCCGGAGCAUCCAAGUUUCUCGGAUUCAGGUCUCGGUCCCGUUCCAUCUACAUGGAAAGGCGAGUGCGAGAUCGGACCUGAUUUUCCCGCCUCAUCUUGCAAUCGGAAGCUUAUCGGAGCUCGAGCGUAUUACAAAGGAUAUUUGACGCAACGGAAUGGAACAAAAAAGCAUGCAGCGAAGGAAUCGAGAUCGCCGCGCGAUACAGAAGGUCAUGGGACGCAUACGGCAUCUACGGCAGCUGGAUCGGUGGUUGCAAACGCGAGUUUGUUCCAAUACGCACGCGGAACGGCUCGUGGGAUGGCGUCUAAGGCGAGAAUCGCCGCUUACAAAAUCUGUUGGAGCAGCGGAUGCUACGAUUCCGAUAUCCUCGCCGCCAUGGAUCAGGCGGUCGCGGACGGUGUUCACGUAAUCUCUCUCUCCGUCGGAUCCAGCGGUUACGCCCCGGAGUAUCACACGGAUUCUAUCGCGAUCGGAGCAUUUGGAGCCACGCGGCAUGGUAUCGUCGUUUCUUGCUCUGCUGGGAAUUCUGGUCCUGGUCCCGAAACCGCAACGAACAUCGCUCCAUGGAUCUUAACCGUUGGUGCGUCCACCGUCGAUAGGGAAUUCUCCGCAAACGCAAUCACUGGAGACGGGAAAGUCUUCACGGGAACAUCACUGUACGCAGGCGAAUCUCUACCGGAUUCUCAACUUUCUUUGGUAUAUUCCGGCGAUUGCGGAAGCAGAUUGUGUUACCCUGGGAAAUUGAAUUCAACAUUAGUGGAAGGGAAAAUCGUUCUCUGUGACAGAGGAGGCAACGCAAGAGUUGAAAAAGGAAGUGCCGUCAAGAUAGCCGGUGGUGCAGGUAUGAUUCUGGCGAACACAGCUGAAAGCGGUGAAGAACUCACCGCCGAUUCGCAUCUCGUCCCGGCGACAAUGGUUGGAGCUAAAGCUGGAGAUCAAAUCCGCGACUACAUCAAAACAGCAGACUCUCCCACCGCAAAAAUCAGUUUCCUAGGCACUUUGAUCGGACCAUCUCCUCCUUCUCCCAGAGUCGCCGCUUUCUCCAGCCGUGGACCAAAUCACUUGACACCGGUUAUCCUUAAACCGGACGUGAUUGCUCCCGGAGUCAACAUUUUAGCCGGUUGGACCGGGAUGGUUGGUCCUACCGAUUUGGAUAUCGAUCCAAGACGGGUCCAAUUCAACAUCAUCUCCGGUACAUCGAUGUCGUGCCCACACGUUAGUGGACUCGCCGCCCUCCUCCGUAAAGCUCACCCCGAUUGGUCACCUGCAGCAAUCAAAUCCGCCCUCGUAACCACCGCCUACGACGUCGAAAACUCCGGCGAACCAAUCGAGGAUCUCGCCACUGGUAAAUCAUCAAACUCGUUCAUCCACGGAGCUGGCCACGUCGAUCCAAACAAAGCUUUGAAUCCUGGUUUGGUUUACGACAUCGAAGUUAAAGAGUACGUAGCUUUCCUCUGCGCCGUGGGUUAUGAGUUUCCGGGGAUUCUAGUCUUCCUUCAAGAUCCAACUCUUUUCAAUGCCUGCGAAACGAGCAAGCUAAGAACCGCCGGAGAUCUCAAUUACCCAUCUUUCUCAGUGGUUUUCGGAUCGACCGGAGAAGUUGUGAAAUACAAAAGGGUUGUCAAAAACGUAGGAAGCAAUGUCGACGCUGUAUACGAAGUCGGAGUUAAAUCUCCGGCGAAUGUUGAGAUUGAUGUGUCUCCGAGCAAGCUUGCGUUCAGCAAGGAGAAGAGCGAGUUGGAGUAUGAAGUGACGUUUAAGAGCGUUGUACUCGGCGGAGGAGUCGGAUCCGUGCCGGGUCAUGAAUUCGGGUCGAUCGAAUGGACAGACGGUGAACACGUGGUGAAGAGUCCGGUGGCCGUCCAAUGGGGUCAGGGAUCAGUUCAGUCCUUCUGAUUGAUGAUACAAAUUGGGCUCUGGUUUUAUGUUUUCAUUAAAAAGAAAAGUCUUGU